AUGUCUAAAGUUGUAAUUCUGGGCGCCGGUGUAUCGGGUUUAACCUCUGCUCUUUGCUUGUUGCAAACCUAUCCUGGACAGAUCAAGGAUCUUUCUAUUCUUUCUUCCGAAUGGCCCGGGGACUAUCAUGCUCACGACUUCACCUCGCCAUGGGCUGGAGCCAAUUGGGCAAGCUUUGCCCAACAACAUGAAACUGACCAAAUCACUAGAGAUAAGGAUGCGUAUAUCAAAUUUGGCCAGCUUUCGAAGACUGAGCCAGAGUCUGGAGUUAAGUCUUUCCCACUGAAGAUGUUUCUUUUGAAGUCCCACCCUGACCCUUGGUAUGUCGAACAGAACUUUGUAGAGGAACUUAAGGUGGUUUCCGAUGAGGAGCUUCGCUAUAGAAACAUGGACCCGGCGCUGUACAAAGGGUUUGAGUUCAAAAACUUCACCGUGACACCUAAUGUUUACAACAACUACCUCAUUUCGAAGAUUGUGAAAUUGGGCGGAAAAGUCAAAAGAGUUCCAAGGCUCGAUACUAUUACAGACAUUGUAAAAGUUGUGGGUCACGUUCCAGAUUUGGUUGUUAAUGCUACAGGUGUUAACGCAGGCAAGCUGCUGCGCAAAGUUGACCCCAGUGAGGUGAACAAGGUUGUCCCCAUCAAAGGGCAAAUUUUACAAAUAUAUGAAGAUUUGCCCUAUCAGGUUAUGGUAGAAACUCUACCUAAGGAGCUCAAGGGAAAACCUAACCAGUUCCUGAACAUUUUCCCCCGGGCAGAAGGUGGGUGCAUUGUCGGCGGUAUUUUCAACAAAGGUGAUUGGUCCUCGACCGUGGAGGAAGAUUUAAGUAAGAGUAUUCUUGCGGUUUGCAGGAACCACGUCCCUGAGUUAAAGUCUACAACAGUCUACAAUUCAUAUGUUGCUUUGAGGCCUGGCCGUGAAGGAGGCGUCAGAAUUGAGCUUUCUGAAUACCCUAUUGACGGAACUUCAAGAACCUUGAGGGUGGUUCAUAACUACGGCAUUGGUGGCGCUGGAUAUCAGUCAUCGUACGGCAGCGCCGCGGAGCUGUGCUCAAAGGUCGCUAAGGUGAUUGCAAGCGCCAAAACUUCGAAGCUAUAA